UGACUUUAAAUGAAAUUAUCUGAACGUUGGAAUAGUCCCGGUUUCAGUGUACUGUAUACUUUCUCGGCGCGCAUAGCAGAGUUAAAUUUCAAUUUCAGUCAUAUAAUCGUUUUCCUUGUGUUACCUGGCGAAGAAAAAAGCGUGCGAUGUAUCGCGAGUGGAACCAGUUCGCCGUGCACCAUGAACCACCGAGGGAACUCCUCACUAAACUCCGGUUACCGGUAAAAACGUUAACGAGUCCUGGUCCGACUAAUUGCUCGGAGCGAGUUCUUCAGUCUCUUCGGAAUCAAGUCCUCGGCCAUCUCCAUCCCGAAAUUUUGCAGAUAAUGGACGAGAUUAAGGCAGGUUUGCAGUACGCGUUUCAAACUAGGAACAGACUCACUUUGGUGGUCAGUGGAGCGGGUCAUAGCGGUAUAGAAGCUUGCUUGGAUAAUAUACUUGAACCCGGCGAUAAGAUACUCAUUGUGAAAUCUGGUAUUUGGGCUGUCCGUGCCGCUGACAAGGCCACUCGGAUUGGCGCGCAGGUUGUCUUCCUAGAAACAGGACAUGAUAAGUCAGCUACAUUGGAAGAAUUAGAAAAUGCCUUGAGGGAGCACGAACCAACGGCAGUUUACACGGUUCAGGCUGAUUCAUCCGUUGGUUUGAAACAGCCAUUAGAAGGUUUUGGAGAGCUUGUCCACAGAUACAAUGCCCUCCUGAUGGUCGACGCGGUUGCAUCAUUAGGUGGUGAGCCGUUCUUUAUGGAUCUUUGGGGCGUGGAUGUAGCAUUCGCCGCCAGUCAGAAGGCCCUCGGUGCCCCCCCAGGACUCGCCCCCAUUUCGUUCAGUCCACGGGCAGAGGAGAAAUUGUUUCGAAGAAGGACGCCACCAACUUCUUUUUAUUUCGACAUGAAACACCUCGGUGCUUACUGGAGAUGUUUUGACAACCCGCGCAAGGUGUAUCAUCACACGAUAAGCUCCACGCUUCUGUACGGUUUGCGUGAGGCCUUGGCAGAAAUCGCUGAAGAGGGUCUGGUCGAGCGCUGGUCCAGACACUCAGCUGCGGCUCGCAGAUUGAGGCAGGGUCUUGAGUUACGGGGCCUCCAAUCUUAUGUAAAAAAUCCACGGUAUCAAUUAUCCACAGUAAUCACUAUAGAGCUGCCACCUGGCGUCGACGAAGAGACCAUUAUACAACGAGCCAUGAACGGAUAUCGAGUCGAAAUUGCCCCAGGAUUGGGAUCAACUGCGGGGAAAGUUUUGAGGAUCGGUUUGUUGGGAAUCAAUGCCACAUUUGAAAUAGUAGACUUAGUGUUGCGUGCACUUGAUGCAGGGUUGAGAAACGCCCAAACGCGUUCUUCGUUGUAAAAUUAAGUUAAUAUCAGCGAUGUACAACGUGAAACGAUUGUUGUUACUACUGUGAAUAAAAUUAUACCUGUCCACAACGGACUGUAUGUAUUAAAAAAUUGAAGAACUUCAA